UCUGCGGUCACCUGCAUGAUGUCAUCAAUGCGGGGUUAAACGUGCCGCGAGCCACCGGCCGAUUCACGACACUGAACCGAAUCACGCGCAGCACCGCAGCCUCGCGCCACACAAUAGAGUCGCAGAACAAUAGCCGCGCGCGGCGCUGCUUUCCCAGCCUACGGCGGCGAACGGGCCUAGUUCGUGCGGAGGAGUAUCACCGGGAACGCGUUGAAAGCGCCGCGCUGCGGCGAGAACGGGCCGUUGUGUGUAUUUUGGAGCCCCUCGGGAGGAAGAGCCGCGGAGCACGCGGAACGCGCUGCGGGGGGAGAGCGAGGCGGACCGAGUGCAGAGAGAGAGGCGGACAGAGAGGGGAGUGAAUGGGCACGACUGCGCCCUCUGCCUCACCGAUAUCCAUCCGUUCUCUACCGACACAGUUAGACCACCGCGGUCCUUCAGGCAGGCCAGCCCGGAGAACCGGAGCCAGCGGCAGCCAGCGGGAUGGCAUGCGCAUGAAGCAGCGGCGGGCGAAGAAACAAGGAAGCGGACGGCUAGCUGCGCUCAGCACGGGCUAACGUGGGCUGAUUGUUGGCGGAUACCGAUUCUAAUGAGCGACCCAGGAGCAUGCGAGCUGAUUCAGAGAGCUGACUUGUUCGGUGAUGUCGGGCAGUAAGGCGCUGGGCGGGGGGGCCGGCGGGGGGGCGAGGCGCAGGCGGACGCGGUGCCGGCGCUGCCAGGCCUGCAUGAGGACGGAGUGCGGCGAGUGUCACUUCUGCAAGGACAUGAAGAAGUUUGGCGGGCCCGGCCGCAUGAAGCAGUCCUGCCUCCUGAGACAGUGCACGGCGCCGGUGUUGCCUCACACAGCCGUGUGCUUUGCGUGUGGAGAGGCGGGGAAGGAGGACACGGUGGACUCAGAGGACGAGAAGUUCAGCCUCUCGCUGAUGGAGUGCACCAUCUGCAACGAGAUCAUCCACCCCAGCUGCCUCAAGAUGGGCAAAGCUGAAGGAAUCAUCAACGACGAGAUCCCGAACUGCUGGGAGUGUCCGAAGUGCCACAAGGAGGGCAAAACCAGUAAGGACCAGGCGGACGGCUCGGGCAAACGCAGGCUGGAUAAUGGUGAGGUGGGCCGGUGGAAACUCACCGAUGACCCGCCUCCUAAAAAGAAAGCCCCACCCACCUCAGAGGAGGGCGGGCACAAGAGGAAAAAGGAGAAGGAGCUGCCUGCGGACAGCGGGCCCAAGAAGAAGAUGAAAGGAGGCCACGAAAAACGCCUGAAAAAGAAACCCAAACAGGAGGCGGCAGAGUCCAAUGGCCCCUCCUCCUCUGGGGGCGGAGCCUCAGGGGUGCAGGGCUCCUCCACGUCAUCUUCCUCACAGCCCGGAGGAGGCGGUGGUGUGGGUGGGACGUCGAGCGCCGACCAGCGUUCCCAUCACAGAGAGAAACUGGAACGAUUCAAGAGGAUGUGCAUGCUGGAGCGCCGGCCCUCCUCCUCCUCCUCCUCGUCCUCCAGCUCAGAGUCUGACUCUGAGUCUGACUCUGACGACUCCCUGAGGGGGGAGCAGGGGAGAGUGUCUUCCCCAUCAUCGUCCUCGCCAGCCCCACCCCCUCCCGUCGUCUAUAGCAACAGCAGCAGCAGUCGGGCGGAGCGGGAGAGAAGGGAGAGGGAGCGACGUCUGGCCGAGCUCGGCUUCAGUGCCAGCGAGGAGUCGGAGGGGGAGGGAGGGAGGGGCGAGGAGGACGAGCGGGAGGACGAGCAGGCGGGGGGAGACAAGUCCCGUCGGAGAGGGGAGGCGGGGCUGUCUCAGAGGGGACGCAAAGGUGGGCUGAUGGAUGGAGAGGAUGAGGACACGCCCACUUUGGACAGGACCAGGAAAAACUCCGCCUCCCUGCCCCCGCCCUCACCGCUGUCCUCCAGUCAGAUGGCUCCGUCCUCGCAGCAUGACAGCUUCACAGGGAAGCAGCGCAGCAACGGGCAGGAGGCGCGCAACGGACGGACACGUGGAGGCACGGGGGGAGGAGGGGGCGGGGAGAAGGAGAACGCGAGCGGAGCUCUGGCCAAUCACAGACACGGCGGGGGCGGAUCAGGCGGGACCAAAGGUAGCGGCAACCGUGGCAACAAGAUCCGAAACAACAAGAACCAGACGUCUAGAAACAGCACCUCCUCCUCCUCCUCAAUCCCCACCUCCAACGGCGGGGGGGGUGGGGCCAGCGGACUCAUGAUGUCAGCCAUGGCGGCGUCCCCCUGCUCACAGCCGUCCCGCCUCGGCCCUCGCUCUCAGAUGAUGAAGCGCAGCCCGCCGGCUGUACCCUCGCCUCCCCGCCCCGUGCAGAUGGAGAGGCACCUGGUGCGUCCCCCGCCAGCGUGCCCCGAGCCCAGCUGCCUGCCGCUGGACUCUGGCACCGCCCACAUCAUGACACGGGACGUGUGGCUGCGAGUCUUCACCUUCCUGAGUCACAGAGAGCUCUGCGUCUGCAUGAGGGUCUGCCGCACCUGGAGCCGCUGGUGCUGCGAUAAGAGGCUGUGGACUCAGAUCGACCUGAGCCGGCAGCGCUCCAUCACCCCCCCCAUGCUGAGCGGCAUCAUCCGCCGGCAGCCCGUCUCCCUCAACCUGGGCUACACCAACAUCUCCAAGAAACAGCUGAUGUGGCUCAUCAACCGCCUGCAAGGUCUGCUGGAGCUGAAUGUGUCGGGCUGCCCGUGGGCGGCGGUCUCCGCUCUGUGUCAGGCCAUGUGCCCCUGCCUGAAGCUGCUGGACCUCAGCAGAGUUGAGGACCUCAAAGACUCUCACCUGAGAGAGCUGCUGGCGCCCCCACCUGAUACCAGGACAGCCCACGGGGAAACCAGAGCGGGGCGUUUCCAGAAUGUGACGGAGCUGCGUUUGGCGGGUUUGGACCUGACGGACGCGUCGUCCCGCCUGCUGAUGCGUUACGUUCCUCACCUGGCCAAGUUGGACCUGAGCCACUGCGGGAACAUCACCGACCAGACGGUGCACACGCUCACCUCCCACAUCUCCCCCCUGAGAGAGACCCUCACCCACAUCAACCUGGCAGGUUGUGUUAAGGUGACGGAGCAGUCCAUCCCGCUGCUGCGCCGCUGCACGUCCCUGCAGACGGUCGACCUGCGCUCCUGCUCGCUCCUCUCCUCUGAGACCGGACAGCUGCUCUCCUUCCCCUCCAAUGCUGCCACCUCCUCCUCCUCAUCCUCAUCUUCUUCCUCUGCUACCACCACCACCAGUGUCGCCGCUACAUCCUCCUCCACGCCUGCCGCCUCCUCCUCCUGUCCUCCUGAAGACAGAACGCUGCUAAAGAACAGCUAAAGUCCGCCUUCAUGUUAUGUGACACUCAAGUCCAGGUGGCCUGCGAGCCCAGCCUCGCUCCUCAUUACACUACAGACAGGUGAGGAGGAGGAGGAGGAGUUGUGCAGCACUGCUCCUGACACUGGAAGAGGAGGAGGGACGUAUUUUGGGAAAAAGUUGUUGGUUAUAGUUAAAAAUAGAAACCCUGAGCAUGUAUAUAUUUGUUCUCUGUAUAAUUUGGGUGUGUGUAUAUAUCUGUAGGUUACUGUAAAUGACCCCUGACCUUUGAACCAUCAUCCCACACCUCCUUAAACUCCCCCAUCUCCUUCCUUUCCGUCCUUCCACCCUGCGACCGAUCAUCACGCCGGUCAGCUGCUCGUUGAGUGAACUCGUCGAGCGAACGCUCCGCGCUCCGUCUGUGCAGGUCAAGCUUUCCCUCUGCUUCCUGUCUCACAGCAUCGUCCGCCUUUAUUUUCGUGUUUCUCACCUGAAGCGUCACCGACCUCACACUACACUUUUCAUGUCCUCCUCUGCACAGACCACAAAUCCAUCUACCGUCAAAGUUCAUUCAGACUGACCUUUACUGAACUUGGUUUAUUUAACGUGACGAACUCUUCACAUUUCAGACGCUCGCGCUGCUAAGUGACUCAAAUGCAGGCAGAAACUUCCAUCAAUCGACUGUUUCUGGCACCUCUUGUGGUUUCUCUCUCCAAAAGUUUGCCGUGAUUUGAGUAAAGACCUCUGACCUCACCGAUGACUCCCCUGUAAAUACAAACAGCUGAGUGCGUAUGAAUCGAUUAAUUGCCCAAAAGAUCAGAAAGAGUUUGUCACUGGAAAAACUUUAGUUUGGUUUAGUCCAACACACCAUCCACGACUCAGACGUUGGCUGUACCGUCACCGUGACCGACCGACAUCGGGAAGGAACCAGAGGGAAAAUGGCGAGGGAUGGAUUCCUGCUGACGGGUCGCUCGUAUUGGGUCGUUCACGUAGGCGAACCUCGAGUGUCGUUUUCGUAACACUGAUUUCUUCUGCUGCUGCUCUGCAGCUUGCUUCAGGCAGCACAGACACAUUUUCUAUUGUGGAGCCCAUUUCUUUUAACGAGACCAUGAUGAAUGUACUACAAACACCACGACGGAGCAGAAGUCCGUGUUCGCUGGGCUCAGUUUAACCUACAGUCAGUCUGAGCAGGCUGUGGAAGCGUGUUCAUAAAACACAAGUGCCAGACCAAAAUACCGUCCGCACCACCCGAGGUGACUCGAUUUCAGACUAAAAUCAUGCUGUCAGAGUCCCAUCACUGGGCGAAACAUUGGCGCCAACUUCCUGUUACGCCCCGGCAGGUCCUCCAAGUUCCUAAACCGUGACUAAAUCUUCUGCAGUCAAAAUGGAGGCGUAGCUUCCCUUAGCGCGCAGGCGACCUCCGUCAGCUGACGACAUAAGGACAGCCGUGUCUUAGCUGCUUUAAAUGUACCGACGCGGUCCACAAGGAGCCGUCCUUCAGCUCCUAAUAUUUGAUGUUCCGCUCCAAGACCUCGUCUUAGGUCGCCCCGGAAACAACAGCUGUGGAAGAACGUGGUGGAAAUGAGUUUUGAAGGUGAAGCGGGGAUCAGUGCUGAUUUAAAAACCUCUCUGUAGCUCCGCCCGCUCGAUCAGUCGCACGCAGCUGAGACUGGUGGGAGGCGCGGAGCAAGGCUAGUGGUCUCCCCACGCUUCCGGUGCUCAUGCCGAGCUAGGCUGCAAACUUCACAUGUGGUACUAUUAAAGGAUCGCAGUCUUUGUUUCCUGUAUCGCAGGUGACCUUUGGCCAUGUGUGGGUUGUGUUCAGGUGUUCCUCCUCCCUCUGAGCGUGUGCGUGAUCAGACUGAUCACGUUGUUUGAAACUGAGCCUCAAUCAUCCCCGUUUGAUUUUAUACCCUGUGUCCAUCACCUUCGAUCAGCUUCCUCUGAUCAAUCAUCAGUUUUCUCAGGAGUAUUUGUUGUCUUUGAUUUUCUGUUUUCUAUUUAUUUUGUGCCACAGCAGCGCUUCCAUCUGCUCCGAUCGGAGACAUUCCUGUUUUCUGGCUGCUCGCGCUCCAUUUGAUCAGCUUCCUGUCGUUGCAUUGUUCAGAUUACUUUGAGAAAUACGAAUCUGUUUGCUGAAGAAACCUAUUUCUGCCAGGAAAAGAAAAACAUGGAUGAACAGUCCAAAAUCGAGUUCGCAGAAGCACGUCUGGACUUGUUUUAUAAAUCCUGUGUGCGUGUGUGCGUGUGUGUGUGUGUGUGUGUGUGUGUGUGUGUGUGUGUGUGUGUAAUCUUGCUUUUGUUUUAAGAAUCUUAAUUUAGCAUAGACUUAUUUUAUCAUAUCCCUAAUUUUUCUUGUGAUUUGCCAUCAGUUGAUCUUGUUUCUUGUCGUGUUCUUGACUCGUCUCAGGUUAUUUCUUAAUUUUAGUCACUCUGUAGUUGCGACUGAGAAAAUCAAGAUGAUGACUUUGGGUCUUAAGUUGUUUCAUUCAUGAAGCGUUUGUUUUCUUGGCUUAAAUGGGCUUCGGUUGUUUCUUGUGGGCGUCAGUUAUGAAAAAGCAUUCAGUUGUAUUUGAGCAAAGGUUUUUGUUUGGUUUUUUUUUCCGUGUUUCCAUGGAUAAAAGCAGGGAAUUUCAAUUAUAAAGUCGCACAGAUGUUUCAUAAAUCACGUCCAGAUACUCAGCUGUAACUGUUGGGUUUAUUUUUCUUAAUGUAUAUGAACUGCCUGAGUUUCCUUUGGGUGGAGGGUAGUGUUAAAAAUGUUUUUUUAUUUUAUAAUGUUUGUAUUUUAAGAUGUACACGUCUGCGACACAUCAAAUGGUCGAUCAAAUCACAGCGGUUUUAAUGACUAAAACUUACUUUUCAGGGUAGACUAGAGUAAAUGGAUUGCCUUGAACCAGCUGGCAAGUUGGUUAGCUGCAGUCAGUGUUGCUUUACCUCCGCUGCUCAAAUAUCACUCAAACUAUUAAAACUAGUGGACAACAACGUCAAAUUAGUGAAAACGUCCUCUAGCUAGCCCACAUUAGCGACAAUACCCUUUUUAAUUUAGGGAUUUAUUGUUGUUAGUCAGCUAACACGCUAACACUAUAAGGAUAAAAAUAAAAACUAAAGAAUAAUUGAGUAAAUUGCAUGGAGCAAAAUGGCUAAUAAUAUAAUGUUGGAACUUACAUGAGAAUCUAGACAGGAAUAUUAAAAACUGAGGGCGGGAAAUAAUUUGUCAGGUUAAUUUAUAACAGCUAAAGAUAACAGAAUUAGUUUUAGCUAGCUAAAUUAAAGUAUAAACUAAAAAAAACAUACUUUUUUUUUUAAGGGAGAUUUUUAUUUAUCAAUAAGCUAACAAGCUAAUUCUGUUUAAUUUUAGCUUUGAAACUUGUCAGGAAAAUUCCAAAAUAAGCAGGAAAAGGGUCGGAUUUAUCAGGCUAGCUGAAGGUAACUGCAAUGGCUGUAGAGGUUUAGGGUUGGCUGGCUAAGAAUACCUGAUACUGUUAAAGUUUUAAAAAAGAAAAUGAGCGGGAAAAUGGCUACAUUCUUUAGGCAAACAUUGAUUCAGAACUUGGUCAGAAAAAUAAACAUGGAGGAAAAAAUUAAACAGGUCUAAAAGUUUAGGUUUUUUUUUUUUUUUUUUUUUUUUUUUUUUUUUAAAUGAUUACAUUCUCAAGCUAAUUGGUGUUAGCUUGUUGGUUUAGAAUAAAGUGUUCACGUCUUUCUGGGGACAUGAUCAUAACUGUUUACUGUCUGCUAUUAGUCAUUUUCUGCUGUUUGUUUUAAAUAUGUUAACCGUUGCCCGUGUUCAAUUCUUAGGGGAAAAAAUGCAGCGUCAGCACCUUCUGUUAGUUGGUAUGAGUGAAUAUUGCAGCGCUGCAGCCGAGGUAUCGCAGUGUUUCCUGCAGCAGUGCGUCGACUUUGGGCUGCUACCGGCUGUGAAAGAAAAGUAUUAUGGGUAAAUUUCAAAUUGCCUGUGACGCCUUGUUGUGCCAUAAACGCACCAGAUCAACUGUCAGCAUGUGAAUGGGUCAUUUUCUUUUUAUCUUUUUUUUUUUUUCUAUUUGUUGAGUUGUUGUUUUUUUUGUUUUGUUUUUUCGUGGGGGUGGCGUGCUCUCUGCCGCUUCAGCUAGCAACAAAUGAGGAGGUCAAAUGUGAUUGGACGAUAAUUGCUAAGUAAUGAAAACUGUUUUCCAGGCGGACACCUGCGCUCUCCUCGGGAUCUUAGUAAAAACUGAAUCAUGUGGUGUUUGAUGUCUUCUUUUUUUUUUUUCUUUUUUUUUUUUUUUAAAGAUGCACUGGAUCAUCAUCUUCAUCCUCACCUUUUGCCAAAUGUAGUUUUUGUUGUGAAAAGGGGCAUUUUAUCCUGUUUUCCCUCUGUUGGGUUCUUUUUAUACUUUGUCCAUGACUCUUCCAUUGUGUUGAUGUUUUAAAAAAAAAAAAAAAAAAAAAAGAGGAAGAUGUUGGAAAAAACGGUAAAUAGACACAAAAAGACCAACUCAAGGCAGCUACGUAUGAGUGACUACUGUAAAAUGACUAAUAAAGAAGCAAUGGGUUUGUUUUUCA